AUGGAAUCCUACGUCUACAAGCGUAAGGACAACGGUGUCCACCUCCUCAACCUUGCCAAGACUUGGGAAAAGAUCCAAUUGGCUGCUCGUGUCAUCGUUGCCAUUGACAACCCCAAGGACAUUUGCAUCCUCUCUGCCAAGCCAUUCGGUCAACGUGCCAUCCUCAAGUUUGCCAACUUUGUCGGUGCUACUGCCAUCGCCGGUCGUUUCACCCCAGGUACCUUUACCAAUCAAAUCCAAGCCAAGUUCACUGAACCACGUCUUUUGAUUGUCUGUGACCCAGAUGUUGAUCACCAACCACUCGUUGAAGCCUCAUACGUCAACAUCCCAACCAUUGCUCUCUGCACCACCGAAAACAAGUUGGACGGUAUCGAUAUUGCCAUCCCAUGUAACAACCGUGGUAAGAACUCAAUUGCUUUGAUGUUCUGGUUGUUGGCCCGUGAAGUCUUAUUCCUCCGUGGAGCCAUCCCACGUGAUCAACCAUGGAACACCAAGGUCGAUCUCUUCAUCUACCGUGAUGCCAACGACGACCCAGAACGUGAACAAAAGGACAAGCAACUCCAACAAGCUGCCUCUGCCGAUUUCGACGUUGCUGCCCCAGUUGCUCAACCAGUUGAAGAUUGGAAUCAAGCCGCUUAA